UUUUUCUUACAGUAACCCGAUUAUUUAUUGUGAUGAAUUUCGAUCAUGUAUUAAUGGUAAAUGUGUUUAAUUUAUAAACAAUAAACGUUACUUAUUGUAUUUCCAUCAGAGUUAAGUUUGGUUUUAUUUCCGAAUCAAUUAUUUAUUCUUUGUGAAUCUAUUUUGCAUUAGAGCCAUCUAAAACCAUAUCGUAAAUAUUUAAGGUAAUCAGCCGGUAUUGAAAAUGUUACCAGAUUUUUCCCUGUUGGUCAUUAAUACUGAUUAUUUGAAAAGCAAAUUCGGUAUACUCAAAUGUUCAAUAAUUGUACUUUCGAUGUUAUCAAUCAUACUGAUGUCGACAAAACAUAGUGAAAUUAGAUGUUAUUCCGAUGCAGUGAUGUUUCUUUAUGUAGUUAAUUGGAUCCAUUUUUAUACACUUAAUGUAAUGUUAUUAUGCUGUUUGUUUUCAAGCACUACAGUUGCUCUUUUAUCAACAUCACAUCUGGAUCAUGUUUUUCAUGGAAUUGCUUCCCUCUUGUUCGUCAUCAGUGCUCUCUGGUCCGUCUCAUUUUUGUCUGAUACAUCACUAACAGCAUAUAAAAUUGCAGCGAUAUUUGGUUUUGUUUCAUCUCUGUUACAUGCUGCUCAUUGCUUCUUUUCUUACUCCACUCAUUCCUAUGAAUCAGCUUGAAGUUAUAAGAGCAUUUGCGUUGGCCACUUUUUAAUCCAGAACUGGAGUUUAUUUAUGAAUAUUUCAUACAUUCACAAGUUCAUUGAAUGUAUAAUAAAUUUCUAUUGCCUUGAUAA